AUGGCAGCGUUGAGGACGCCUUUUCCGACGGACCGCUGGGUCGGAAGGAAAACGAUUGCCGUUUGUUCCCACACUGGCUAUUGCCUCACCACGGCAUACGAAUCAGUGCUCUAUCAGACCAUUAACUGCGAUCCCUAUGUCAAGAACCUCGGGCAAAAGGUCUAUCACGGGUCGCCUGGCGACACGGCCUUCACAGGUACCGUCUGCUCCGCCACUUGUUCAACCGCGCUAUCCACUGCCCGUCGUCGUAUCGCAGGCUCUUGCGCCUCAACUCCUGAGCUCUUCCAAGGAUAUCCGGUUCUAUCCCCCAUCGACUCCAUUACCGCCGGAUGGAACGAAACUUGCUUGAAAGACGCCAAUGGUGGCUACUGCAAUGCCAAAAUCGAAGCAUUUGACGAUUUCGAAGAGCUGGUAGAUAUGCCAAAGGAUCAACUUUGCUCCUUUUGCUACGGAGAGAAGCUCAGAAUGAUGCAGCGGUCACCUUAUUCCACUUAUGAUUCCUUGCGGGCCGAGACACUGCAAUACAUCAAUGAAAACUGCGGAGGGACAACGUCACCGACUGACCCCCAGCUUCCUGUCAUUACCCCCAAUGGUACUGUGCCGGAGACUUGUGCGACGGGUGUGAAGUACACUGCUCAGGCUGGUGAUACGUGUAAUAGUAUUGCAAAAGCAAAGUCCAUCUCUGGAUCAAGCCUUUACUACAUCAACCCAAGCCUAGUCGAUUGUGAUGCUCCCGCAGCCGGCUCGGAACUUUGUCUGCCUCUCACUUGUGAGACAACUUACGACGUGAAAGAAGGAGACGGCUGCGUCGCCAUCGGAGUAGACCAAGCCACCACUUGGCAGAACAUUAUCAAAUGGAACUCUGGCGUGGAUGACAGAUGCUCCAACAUCUGGUCUUCUCCAGCCACAACUCCGUAUUGGGGUAAUGUCAUCUGUGUCAGCGCGCCUGGAGAAAUUCCUGACGGUAGUGUUGUUUCCGGCAACGGAACGGUGGUUGACCCUCCCUCCACUGGCACAGUGGCGCAAGGCACCACGGAGCUUUGUGGCCAGUAUUUCCAGGUCCAGGAGGGCGCGACUUGUUCGAGCAUCAUUGCUGGCAACGCCGUGCCCAUUAAUUUGUUUUUGCGUGCGAACCAUUCUUUGCGCAAUAAUGAAAGCUGCUCGCAGUACUUGCGAGUUGGCCUUUGGUACUGCCUUCUUCCUGUCAGAGACUUUGACUCAAGCCUCUGA